UUCAGACACCCCGCUGUCCACUCCGUCAUGUUUACCGUGUAAUUCAGUGAUCUGAGGCUAUUGUGUCGAUCGCGGCGAGCUGUUGAAUCAUUACUUUACAGCACCGUGAAUAGACGUCGUAGGCAACGCUUGAUAUCUUUCAACAUGGAGUCCGGGGAGGCCAACGAGGAGAGGACAGGCUCCCUGUCGGCGGCGCAGAGGAGAGCAGAGAUCCGGAGGAGAAAACUGCUCAUGAAUUCGGAGGAUAGGAUGAACAGGAUCGUGGGAUUCGCCAAAAACGAGUCUGAAAAUAACGCAGGAGCUUCUCGGCGCCCCGCAGAACCCCGCUUCCACCUCGAUCUUGACAGGACAGAGGCGUGGUCCUCAUGCCCGUCUUCCCAGAGGCCGUCACCUUUCCUGCCAGAGGUUUCGGGGCUCGGCAGCCGCUCCCACAGCGCCACCCCAGAGAGAAGGGGCUCACCCCUGCCCGAAUGCAGUGAUCUGACUGGAUGCUCUCUGGAUGACGACAUCGCAGGGGUUCGGCAGAGACCAAGGGGGGAGCGGGCAUCAGAUGACCUCAGCGGGUCCCCGCGCCGAGGCCUCCAGAAGUACCUGUCUCGUUUUGACGAUGCCAUGAAACUGCGGGGUCAGCUGGCCAACGAGAAGCCGCCCCAGGACGGAGGGUCUGACGCAGAGGAGUUUGAUCCCUUCAGAGUCUUCAGGCUCAUCGGCAGCGUCCUCCUCGCUGUUUUUGUCAGGGUUUUUGUUUGCAAGUAUCUGUCAAUAUUUGCUCCAUUUCUGACCCUUGAACUGGCCUACAUGGGCUUGUCCAAAUACUUUCCAAAGGUAGAGAAGAAGACCCAGACCACUGUGCUAACCGCUGCCCUGCUGCUGUCCGGCAUCCCCGCCGAAGUCAUCAACCGCUCCAUGGAUACCUACAGGAGGAUGGGUGACGUCUUCGCUGACCUCUGCGUCUACUUCUUCACCUUCAUCCUCUCGCACGAGAUCCUGCUGUUCAUUGGCUCAGAGACUCCCUGACAUACCAGGAGGACCUCAGUAACCCAGCCCUCCUUCUUGUUGGCCCCUCCCUCUGUCUCCACUUAGCAACAAAGCAUGCUCAUUUACACUCUCUGACGUGGGUUUGUUGUUGACGGUCUGGAAAUGAAUCCCUGCUGUCUUAUGAUCAGCGCGGUGCGUCAGUUGGACGAGUGCUUAUCACUUCAGCGCUUCAGGAUUUCCACUAAGGCUAAGCUACAUGCUACUAGCGCGUCCAGUGUUUGUUUCAGAUCUCCAAGUUAUGUUUACCCGGCACAGAAGCUCAGAAAAGGAACAAGUUUGUGUGUGUAUGUGUGAAGAAUGUACAGGCAUUUAUAAUGCUGGGUGAUAUUUAUUUAUCGAGCAGGAAAAUGGUAAAUGUGGGACUGAAGAGUGGACAACAGUAGGCCUACAGUUCAUCAUCAGCCUGACCUUACAUUGGGACGCCACAGAUUCCUUUUAACUGAUAAAUGGGAAACACUGGAGUCCCUCAAGGGAAAUUCAUUCAUUUAAAAAUUCUGUUACUAAUGCAAGUUUGUAUUACCAUAAUGCAAUUCCACUGAAAGCUAAUAGACAGUGAUAUUGAAUUAUUGCGAAGCCCCGAGCCCCUUCAUAUCCUAAAAAACUCUAAAGAUGGGCAAGGUGUCAUAUUCUCAGCCAGCACCACCCAGGUUGGUAUUGGCUGGUAUUACCAGGUGCCUGACCCUGCUGUGAAACCACAUCUACUUUGGAGGUUCAGUUGAUGAUCUCCCAACUAGUUUACAACACUACAAAUGCCUUUCUGUCAUAUUAGUCAGCCCUGCAGUGGCUUAGACAGGGCUGGGGUCAGUUCAUGCCCUUCAAAACCUGAAUCUGAACUUCUCAGACAGCUGAUAGACCUUUUCAGAGUAAAAUUUUUUAAAACAUUUUGGCAUAAAUUAGUUACUGAAUCAACUGAAAGCAAUAAAUUGACCAA